AUGCACUAUUCUGUUCAGACGCUGAUCGAGUUCUUCGAGCCUCUUGACUACGAACCAUGCGGUGACGCCACAGAUGAUCUCCUCUCCCUCGAUUACAUGAACCGAAACUUGCUGUCUGGUUCACAAGAGCCCUCCCUAGCCGGAACAUUGGCUGAUCCAAUACCCUCGACACCAACUAUGGAACCUUGCCCUUCACUUCCACUAUCUCUUACUCCUCCGCCGCCGCCACGUCUGCUACCUUCCUCCCGGGCACCUGAGGUCGCCGGAUUAAGAUUUUCAGCUCCAGCUUCUCCCACUGCUCAAUCACUAGCCCUCAUUGAAGCUGUGAGAAACUUCUCCCAACCUGUCCAAAGCCCACUCUCAGGAUCAGUUACUCCAACUCCCAAGUUGGCGUCUUCAAGGUCAAGCAAAAUUGACGAAAAUCCGGUACAGGAGCCAAUUUUCGCAUAA